UAAUCGGCUUUCAAUAUGAUAUUCAACACCGAAUGAAAAACCUAUUUGUUUUUUUUUAUAUAUAAAAAAAUAGAAUGAGGUAUAAUACAUGUCCAUAUAUAUGUAUUUUUGUACAUCUUGUUGUUUGUGUAUGUAACCCUACCACCCCAGCAGUCCCACCUCUAAAAUUGUCGGUGUCAGAUCUCCCUCCUUCUCCUUCUUUCCCACCAGCUAGGGGUUUCUUCAGAUCCACAUAUAUCCAUCUCCCCCUUCCCUUCCAUUGUUAAUUAUGAUGAGGAGAUGAGAUUUAGGGUUUUGUUAUUUUUGUUGUGGUAAUGUGGAACCCAUUUCUUGGUUGUUGAGGGAGAGUUUUAUGAAGGAUCAAGAAGAAGUGGUUAUAUUAAUAAGGUGGGACUGGGAUUCUUCUUUUGAUAUUCGUUGUUUGGGGCAAAUGUGGAUGAGUUUUUGAAUUCUUGAAAUUCUUGAAUUUUGGAGUGUUGGGGUUGGUUUUAUUUGGAUCACUCGAUUCGAAUUUGUUAUUGUGUUUGUGGGGUUUGCAGAAUUAUUGAGAAAAAAAAAAUGCAGGCUGAUCAAAGAAAAAAGAGUUCUGCAGAGAUGGACUUCUUCUCUGAAUAUGGUGAUGCAAAUAGAUACAAAAUUCAGGAAGUCAUAGGGAAAGGCAGCUAUGGUGUCGUUUGCUCAGCCAUUGACACACAUACUGGUGAAAAAGUGGCAAUUAAAAAAAUUCAUGACAUCUUUGAACACAUAUCUGAUGCAGCACGGAUCCUCCGCGAGAUAAAGCUUCUGAGACUUCUGCGCCAUCCCGAUAUAGUUGAAAUCAAACAUAUUAUGUUGCCACCUUCACGGAGGGAUUUUAAAGAUAUUUAUGUUGUUUUUGAGCUCAUGGAGUCGGAUCUACACCAAGUUAUCAAGGCUAAUGAUGACUUGACUCGGGAACAUUAUCAGUUUUUCCUUUAUCAGUUGCUUCGUGCCCUAAAAUAUAUACACACAGCUAAUGUCUACCAUAGAGAUUUAAAGCCAAAAAAUAUCUUGGCAAAUGCAAAUUGUAAGCUCAAGAUCUGUGAUUUUGGAUUGGCCAGAGUUGCAUUCAAUGAUACACCUACCACAAUAUUUUGGACGGAUUAUGUAGCUACUAGAUGGUAUAGAGCUCCAGAGUUAUGCGGUUCAUUUUACUCCAAGUAUACCCCUGCAAUUGAUAUAUGGAGCAUAGGGUGCAUCUUUGCUGAAGUUCUCACCGGGAAGCCGCUUUUUCCUGGAAAAAAUGUAGUUCACCAACUGGAUUUGAUGACCGAUCUGCUUGGAACACCUUCAAUGGAUACAAUUUCUCGUGUGCGUAAUGACAAGGCUAGGAGAUACCUGACUAGCAUGAGAAAGAAGCAACCUGUUUCUUUUGCCCAGAAAUUUCCAAAUGCUGAUCCUUUGUCCCUUAAACUUCUUGAAAGGUUACUUGCUUUCGACCCCAAGGACCGACCCACUGCUGAAGAGGCACUAGCUGAUCCUUAUUUUAAGGGCCUGGCUAAAGCUGAAAGGGAACCAUCAUGCAAGUCAAUUUCAAAGAUGGAAUUUGAAUUUGAGAGGCGAAGAGUGACAAAGGAGGACCUCAGGGAAUUAAUAUUCCGGGAGAUUCUGGAAUACCAUCCGCAGCUGAGGAAGGAUUACAUGAAUGGUGUUGAAAGAACUAACUUUCUGUAUCCAAGUGCUGUUGAUCAAUUCAGGAAACAGUUUGCUCACCUGGAAGAGAAUGGUGGUAAUGGCGUUCCAGUGGUUCCAAUGGACAGGAAGCAUGUCUCUCUUCCAAGGUCUACAGUUGUACAUUCAAAUCCAAUCCCUUCGAAGGAACAGUCUGUUGCUACCAAUAUGAGAGACCGGCAAAAUGGUGAAGAGUCUUGCAGUAGAAACUGCCGAGAUACUGAAGGCCUUGCAAGUAGUCUGACAAGAAUCAUACAGGCUCAGCCAAGAAAUCCCCUAGCCAAACCAGGAAAGGUUGUUGGUCCAGGCUUGGCUUAUGAUUCCGGGAAUAAAGAAAAAUAUGAUCCUAGACCUCAAAUGAGGAAUGCAGUAGGCCCCCCUCCUCAGAUUAUGCCUUCAGCGUACUGUUACGACAGAAGUGGGGUGGGGAAGCAAGAAAGGCCCAUUGAAACAGAGAGGAGGGGGGAUAUGAAUUCUUAUGCAAAGCCGAUGGCACCGUGUGGCAUGGCUGCCAAGUUAGCCCCAGAUAUUGCUAUAAAUAUCGAUAACAACCCAUUCUAUAUGAUGCGAGCUGGAGUUACCAAACCAGAUCGCGUUGACGACCGUAUUACCAUCGACACAAACUUAUUGCAGGCGAAAUCUCAAUAUGGUGGAAUUGGAGUUGCGGCGGCAGCAGCUACUACUGUUGCUACUCAUAGGAAAGUAGGAACUGUUCAGUAUGGCAUGUCCAGGAUGUACUAGAAGUUGGCUCUCAAGUGGUGAAUGGUCUUAGUAUGUUUUUUUUUGAGAUAAAUACUUGUUGAGUUGGGGGGAAUGUCCUUUUCAGGAAUUGGGAGCAGACAAACUCUGGGACAAAAGGGGUUAUGGUGGUUGUACAGGCUGGGGGAGAAUCUGCAGGGAUCUAGUCCACCUAUUAUAAUUGUCAAGUUUUUCCUAGUUUAUCACAUAAAAAGACAAGACUAUAAAUGAUAUGUUCAGCAUGAGAUUCAUGUUAGUGAAAUCAAACUUUGAUUUCCUGAUGGUAA